AGCUGCUGCCUGAAGGAUUUACACUUGUAAACAGUCCGCCUCAAACUCACACAACCGUUAUCAGGAAGCCAGAAAGGAGGGAUUAAAUGUUAGUAUUAAAACCUGUCGCUUAUUUUUAAUUUUUAACCGUGUACGGUUUACAUGUACAUGUAUUGGACCACAGUUAGUGACCAUUGCCUCGGGUGUUUGUUUUUUUAAAUCCGCCUGUCCUAAAUCGACUUUACUACCGUCCAAUGUCUUUAUUAGGUUAACAUUCAGAGUUAAUCAUUGAUUUUCAUAGCAAUAGUCGGCGGACGUCAGAAGACAAUUUCAACUUAAGAGCUCGGGUGCCGUUGAUUCCGUUAAAUUCAACUUUUCAAACACCACCACCGACCGACCGACGAGCUGAAGAUGAACCCGAGAGGAGCAGUCUCCAGCGGGAAGACUUUCCUCUUCACCUCUGAGUCUGUGGGAGAGGGACACUCAGAUAAAAUGUGUGAUCAGAUCAGUGAUGCUGUGCUCGAUGCAUACCUGAGUCAAGACCCAGACUCUAAAGUGGCUUGUGAAUGUGUGGCAAAGACUGGCAUGAUUUUACUGGUUGGAGAAGUGACAUCCAAGGCCAUCGUGGAUCUCAAGGCAGUGGUCCGAAAUACCGUGAAGAAGAUUGGCUAUGAUGACUCUUCAAAAGGUUUUGACUAUAAGACGUGCAAUGUGCUGUUGGCCCUGGAGCCGCAGUGUGCAGAGAUAUCAGACUGUGUGUUUGGAGGCAGAGAUCAGGAGGACAUCGGCGCCGGGGACCAGGGUUUGAUGUUUGGCUACGCCACAGAUGAAACGGAGGAGUGCAUGCCGUUAACCAUCCUUCUGGCCCACAAACUCAACUACAGGAUAAAGGAGCUGUCACGCAACGGAGAUUGUCCCUGGAUUCAACCAGACUCCAAAUCACAAGUCACAGUGGAGUAUAGAGACAAUAUGGGAGCCAUGGAGCCUCUGCGUGUUCACACUGUGGUCAUCUCUGUACAACACAGCCCAGACAUCAGCCUGGAGGAUAUCAGAUGCAAUCUGAUGGAGAAGGUGGUCAAGGUCAUCAUUCCUGCCAGGUACCUGGAUGACAAGACCAUCUACCAUCUACUGCCAAGUGGGAAAUUUCUGAAAGGUGGCCCACAGAGCGAUGCAGGACUGACAGGACGUAAAAUCAUAGUGGACACGUAUGGAGGCUGGGGUGGGCAUGGAGGAGGGGCUUUCUCCGGAAAAGACUACUCCAAAGUGGAUCGGUCCGGAGCUUAUGCGGCUCGCUGGGUGGCCAAGUCUUUGGUCAAAGCAGGACUCUGCAGGAGAGUCCUCGUUCAGAUCUCCUAUGCGAUCGGUGUGAGCCACCCGCUUUCCAUCACAGUGUUUCACUACGGCUCAUCGAACAAGGACGAAGACGAGCUGCUGCAAAUAGUUCAGAAGAACUUUGACCUGAGGCCUGGCGUCAUUGUGAAAGAGCUGGGUUUGAAGCGGCCAAUUUACCAGGCCACCGCCUGCUACGGUCACUUUGGCAGAGAGGAUUUCCCCUGGGAAAAACCAAAGCCUCUGGUGUUUUGAGUUUUACUCAUCUUUCAGUUAUUUCUUAACAAUUAUUUGUUAAACAAUCAAGGGUCAACAAAUCAAUAUUUUUAAAUAUGACUGAAGGCAUAUAUUACUUUUUUCCGACCUUAAAUCAUAAAGGUCAGUGCCGAAAAUGUAUUUUGAUCUGACUUUUGUAAAAAAAUAUCUUGUUUAAAAAAGAAAAAAAAAUGGAAUAAGUUGGAUUUUCUUUUUUAAAUUGUGUAACAAUUGUCAGGUACAAUUUUGAUCAUUUGUAAUAAAUAAUGUUUGGUGAUAAAAACAACUAUGCAGAAGACUUCCUCGAGUACUUAACUUCACUUUAAUGCCACUAAGUAGCUCACAGUGAACAGUGCUGGAAUAAGUAAAAAAAACUAUUACUUUGGUUAAAAAAAAUGAGUACUACAGGCAGUAUAUAAAAACGUCUUUAAAGUCCUGCAUUCAAAUGUUGACUUGAAAUGUACAAAAGUAUAAGCAUCAGGACCAAAAGUCUCAUCUUAUUUUAGCCUUUUGAUAAUACAUUAUAAUGAAUGUAUGUCUACUUCUUUUGUUUUUGUAGAAGUAUGCAAAGUAGCUUUAGUUAUGACAUACAUGUAGAUGAGUAAAAAGUAUAUUUACCUAAAGGGCAGUGAAAAAUAUGCUUGUGUAAAGUAUUUGAUUAAAUGUACUGAGAUACUUUUAACCGAUGAAUAUAAAUCUAGAUCCAUG